UUGCAGUUGACAGUUGCACGGUUCUGGAUGUUUCUGGCCCUUGUGGCAUAGUUAAGGGUAUUCAGACUCUCGUCAAAGUCGGAGGAGGACGGGCUGAUGCAGGCAAUCAUCAGGGUUUUGGAAUUUCCUCCCAAAGAGUCUUUAAGGAUCCUAGAAGAAACAUGAAAUCAUUAAAACCAAACUAACUUUUCUGUUAGAUUUGAUCUCUUCAGUUGUAUUUAAAAGUUACCUUGUGAUUUUGGAAUCUCGGUAUGGUAUGUGAGAGCCUUUCCUCUUUGGAUCUCCGAGUGCCCCAAUAACAUUUCCCAGAGCUAGAAGACCACUAUUAAUCUGGAUACUCUCUUUCAGUCUUUCUCCUGUGUUCCCUGUCCUGAGGAUACGCUCUGAUCCGGCCAGGUCCACAAAGUGGAACUUGGAGGAUAACAUUUGUGGUCCAGAGCCUGUAGCUGUCCCAUAAAGCCGAGAGCUUCCCCGACGCUGGUCCAUGUACACAGUAAAAAUGGUGUGUGACCGGCUGGAGUUUGGAUUCAUCUGGGUUGCACCAGUGUGCCUGGCUGUGUUUCCAGACUCCAGUAAACUCAACACCUCAUCAAGACCCUCCACCUCGCACUCCUUUACGCCACACAAAACUGUAAAGUCAGAUAGACAAGGAUACAAAAUGCAGAGAAACAUGUGUCACUUAAAUUUCAUAUCACAGCCACAAAAACAUGCUUACAAAUGUAGUUGUCUAUUCCAUACCUAUGUUGCCCUUAUCCUCCCUGAUGUGGAUAUCUUUGCUGGCUGUUUCCACCUCCAAUAAGUCCUUGAACUCCUCUUUGUAGACCUCCAGAUAGGAGACUCGGACAGAGAAGUCUGUGAGGUCAUUUUCAUCGAGCAGUCUAAAGAUAUCUGCAACAGCCCUGGGAAUGAUUCCCUGCUCCUCAUCUCUAAAGGAACCUUUAGACACAGACACCACAUACACACACUCACAUAAGCAUGCCUCUGGCUUGUUGCAGCUCAUCGAUGAGUACGGUGAAAAUUUUCCAAAAGAACUGUAAGCCUAUAUGAGUUUGAAUUAGGCAUUUAGACAGGACAAAGUACUUGAUGACACAAAAAGUUGUACAGUAAAUAAAGUUAAAAGUAAUUUUGAAAUAAAAGAAAGAAAAAAUGAAGACAAUUGCUUACAGAUGUUCGCUUCUCCAAUGGUAUAUGUCUUGCCUGAGCCUGUCUGUCCAUAGGCAAAGACUGUAGCAUUGAAACCUUGAAAGAAGGCAUCUAUAAGUGGCUGCACGGACACGGAGUAGACUUCAUCUUGAUAGCAGGUUUCUUCAAAUAGGUAGUCACAAAGAAAGUGUCGGUCAUGACCCAGUGUAACCCGGCAUAGCUCCGAGUCCACAGUGAUACAGCUCUCAUGGCAGUGAAGGAGUUCUUUUGGCAGGAGGGGACGCACCCGAACAGCAACUUGAACCGCUGAGAAAUCCCCCCUGCCAUGACCGCUGGGCACUUUGGGAGACAUUUCUGCUGUACCCUCAUGUGUUCUGCUAUGUAUGGAUCAUGUUUGGGCCACUGGAGGAGAAAAAAACAAUUACAAAGAAAAUUUAAAAAACUAUAUAAGGGAUAUUCCAGAAUAAAAUUCAGUUAGAGUCAAACACACCGUAACACCGAGUUAGAGACCCCCGAGAGAGAUGAAUGUUGCUGACUGCUUGUUUCUCUAGUUAUACCAACUUUAGUAACAACCGCAGAUGGCAAAACAGAGAGCCAGAUGCUCAACCAAAACACCACUCUAUAGCCACAAAUAAUCCUCAGAACUUCAUCAACAGUACAUAUACGGUCCCAGCCAAAGUACUAGCUAUCAAACAUCUUUUUAUCUUUGCUUGGUUUCUUUAGCAAAGAGACUAAACACAACUCACCUACUCUCUUCCAGCAGCCGCUUGUUUGUAUGGAGACCUCUGGGUGAGUCCAUCAACUGCAACGGGGUGACUCGGCUCAAGUAAGAACAUUUGUGAUCAUUACUUUAUCAUUUCCUUUAAGUAAUAAUCAUAUUAAUCAUUUUACACCGCAGACGCGGUAGUUCUUCUGCCUAAGCGUCUCGAUCUGAUUGCAUUUCCAUGAAGUAAUGAUCAUAAAUGUUCUUCCUUGAGCUGCGUCACCCCACAGAAGUCUGUAAUGGACUGGUCUGAGGUCUCGCUACAAACAAGCGGCUGCUGGAACAGAUAGGUGAGUUGUGUUUAGUCUUUUUGCUAAAGAAACUAUGGCUGGGACCCUAUAUGUACUGUUGACGAGGUUAGGUGCUCUUCUUGGUAUUAUUUGUGGCUAUAGAGUGGCGUAUUGGUUGAGGUUUGUUUGUGACUCCUCAGACUGCUGUGUAUUACUAUCCUGCAGUCGUUACUAAAGUUGGUACAACUAGAGAAGCAAGCGGUCAACAACAUUGAUCUCUCGAGGGGUGUCUUACUUGGUGUUUUGGUGUGUUUGACCUAAAAUUAAUUUUACAAAGGAAUAUCCCUUUAAGAGGAAUUCGUAUUACCAUGCCUCAAACUUUAAACUAUAGACCUUAUGGUCUAGCUCAUUCUGUAGGGACCAGGCCUUACUUCAACAAUGAGUUUGAUUAAAAUUAAAAUCAAAUUACAAUACCAUGUAAAAUAAGAGUAUUUAGGUUUUUUGAAAUUUCUGAUAGCUUAUAUUUUACAACAGAUUUGUCUCCCAUCUUCUUGGGGCAUUUUUGUUUGCUUUAGUAAAUGACAAAAGUUCAAAUACAGUAAGAAUUUGAGGACAAUAGUUCAAUACUCAAUUUUAACAUCUUUCAGGCUUUGGGUAAAGACAUUGUCAUGUCUAGUACCUAUUUCCAUCGCAACUUUUUAUGUACUAAGAGAAGGCAGAGCAUUUUGAGGCGCAGAAUACAUAGUUAUGAGGUUAACUGUAAUCAACCAUGCAAAAUGAAAUUCACAAAAGUAACACGGAACAAUCACACAAAGAUGCUUUUAGUUUGGGGUGCUUAGUUUACAGUGUCUAGUUUACAUGAGUCCAAAUAAAAGGCUAAAAGUAGAAAGCUUAUAAAGGCACACUGAUUUUGACCGUGUUAGCAUGAUAACGGUAGCGACCCACCGUCACCUCAAAACAGAUCUUUCGGAUAACUUCGCCGUUACUUCUUAGAAAACUCGUGGGUUUGUAAAACUUUCACCACUGGAGAUUUUUCAACUUUUACACAAACUCCAGUAGGUUCACCUGAUUCUCAGAUGAGUUCAGCUAAGCUAAAGUUAGCCCCUUAGCCAACAGCCCGAACAACAAAAUCAAAACAUGAGGAGGAUGAGGCUCCAUGUCGGUGCCCGGAGGAGCUACAACAUGUUACCGCAAGAAAUCCCUGUUUUCACUUCAGCUCAAACUAUUAUCAAUGACCGGUGGAACCCUCUCAUCGGCUAAAAGAGUGAAAUAUCUUACUUUUUAGGUGAGGCAGAAGUUACACCAUGGAUCCAGGCUAACACUGAAGUGUUUUUUGAGAAUGGAAGUUGAGGAGCAGCCAGGAGGAGGAGGGGCCCGAAAGUUUAGGAGGGAUCCGCCUGCUGCAGGGGGAGAAGAGAUCCGUGACACGACCCUACAACACCAGGAAGUGGCUCCACCAGAACGUGAGGACUGCUGCAAACCUGGAAUAUACCGAUAAAAGUAAAAUGUAAGUUAUGAAACGUUAACCAAAAUGUGUACAGAAGUUUUGGAGCCUAACUAUGAAUAAAGUGUGUCCGUCUCGCUAAAGCUGACAGCCGCAGUUAGCCCAGCUUUUGGCCCUUGUGUAGGCUAUGCGGUUAAUGUAAACUCAGAAAGGCAUUUCAAUUUGACAUCCUCUUGUUCCCUGUAUACAGGGGGGUAUCCAAACUUUUAUGACCAGGGUGGCCAAACUGGGUCUCUCUCUCUCUCUCUCUCUCUCUCUCUCUGAAUAUAAUUUGAGGUCCACCUUUGAUAAAGGAAGUAGCUAAUCAUGGCUGAGGAUUUUGACACCAAGUGGCCCAAAAGGCAUAAGCGAACCAAGUGCCUGCUUAGGGCGCUGCGGCCAGUAGGGGGCCCCAAGAGCAAUUAAAAAAAAAUAUAUUUUUUGCACGUAUGAGUGAUGCUUUCCGUAACACUAGUGCUGCUGCUGAUGAAGGCCUAUGAUUCUUACUGCCGAUAUGUCAAAGCUCCAAUACCGUUAUGUGCCUCUUGCUGUGCAAUGUGCACUAAGCAUCCCGAAUGUGUAACAUUUUGAGAUAAUAAACCAUAUGUGGCACCCUGAACAUUAUUCAUCAGUCAUUCAUUGGUAUUAUUUGUAAGGUUGCAUUGGUAUUAUUUGUGCUAUUACCUAGGCAACCCCCUUAAAUGUAUAAAGACAUGUCAGGUGCAUUAAAUUUAUACUGUAGUAGGUGUGUGAAUGAUCAACAAUCAAUAUUAGUGGCAGAAAUAGAGGGCCCAAAAAUCAGAUUUUGCUUAGGGCCUUAUUUAGGCUUGUGCCAGCUCUGUAGUAUAUAUGUGUACAAUAUAUUGUCUCUUGUCACCAUAGUUAGACUCUUAUAUCUGUCAACAGAUUUUUAUUAUGAAUUCACCCAAAAGUAUAAUAAUAGUAAUGUUUGAGGAGUGUAUUGGCAACUUAGGGUAAGGACUUGUUAAAAGAUCCCUGAACACAGGAAGUAUGACCUUUGACAUGCCUUUUGUCAUUUCUGGGUGAAGAAAAAUUAGAUGCUCUCAUUAUUUUGAAAUAGUCUAAAUAAUGUCAAAAAUGUCAACAUUUGAGAAUCUGAUUGUACAUGGAUCUUUACAUAAAACAGGAAUAAUGGUCAAUACAGUCAUCUAGCACAAUUUGAACAGUGAUUAUGCUAUAAACUUAUAAAAUAAGUGCAUGAUAAAUCUAGUUAUUUAUCUUUCCUUGAAAAGCCUGGCAGAGUUACUUAAGACACCUUAUACUGAUUAACCAAAGGUCCCUGUGAGUUGUCAUGAUCUUGCUGAAUCACUGUUGCUCCUGAACACCUGCAAAACCUCUGCUUUUUUACUCAGAUUUUUUUUAAGUAACUGAGCAACUUCUGUCUGAGAAAGUGUGUGCUCCACUUGUAUCGUCAGAACACUUAAUCAACCAGAGAAAGGUAUGUUUAAAAACUUAUUUGUGUCUCAAACUUUAUAUCUGUGAAACUUGAACAUGUUUAACAUCCGUUUGUGAAAGCAGUUAAUUGAUGUUCAGUGAGUGUACUAAAACCCCAGUUUUGUGAUUGUUAGAAUUUGGAAGAAAUUAUCAGGAUUCAUUGAUACUUUUGAUGUUUGGCUUUUGAGGCAUUAAGACAAUUCAGAUGAUUGUGCAGUAACAAAACCAUAAAUCUUAACAACAUCUUGCAUUUUACAGGCAAAAUGAAUUUGCAGGAAUACUUCAAAAGAAUUGGUUUCCAUGGCUUGUUUGACAAGCCGGAUCUUGCAACACUCCGAUUGAUCCUCAAACAACAUGUCAUGUCAAUUGCAUUUGAAAACUUAAGCAUUCACUGUGGAGAGAGAAUCGUCACAGACCUGGAGGUCAUCUUUGAAAAAUUAGUGAGGAGCAGCCGUGGGGGUUGGUGCUUGGAGAACAACUCAUUGUUUGGCUGGGUGCUGAGAGAAAUGGGCUAUGAUACUACUACCUUGGGCUCCAGAGUCUACAGUCAUACCACCCACGACUUUCCAACUACUGAAUCUCAUCUCAUUCACAUGGUAAGAAUUGAUGGGCAGGCCUAUGUGGCAGAUGUAAGCUUUGGGGUGUCUUUCCAAAUGUGGGAGCCCCUGGAGCUGGUCUCUGGGAAAGACCAGCCUCAGGCAGGUGGUGUCUUUCGUCUCACAGACAAAGGGGACUUGUGGGUGCUGGAGAAGACCGCCAGAAAGCCUGAGGUUCUCAACCCUGACUUUGCCAAAUCACGUCUGUUGUCUAAGGAAGGAACACAUCAGGUUUACGGCUUCACCCUAGUGCCACGAGAGAUAGACCAUUUCUUUGAGAUCAACAACAGUCUUCAGACAGAUCCUGAUUCACUGUUCAUUAACAAGUCCAUCUGCUCUUUGCAAACUCCAACAGGGUUCAGAGCCCUCGUUGGCUGGACGUACAGUGAGGUCACCUACCAACCUGAGAAAGGUGUUGACAUCUUAGACAUGAGAUACAUAACUGAGGAUGAAAUAGAAUCACUCCUGGGGGAAAAAUUCAAAAUAAAACUGCAGACUAAACUACAGAUCGCUGAUAAAAAGCAGCACUACACAAUCUGACAAUAAACUCAUUUAAUGAGUUGAAGAAGUGAGUUGAAGAUAUGUAAAUAAUGUCAGUGAUAAGAUGCAUGAAGUGUUCAUGGGUCCUCAUUUACAGGUUUAAAAAUUUGGGUCUCAAAGACAACAGGUUAUGGUUGUAAAGGGAAAAUGAAAGUGGGGAUUCCUGAAAACACAAAAAUCUGAAGAGAUGAAAAUAUAAUAUACAUUAAGAAUGUUUGACAUGUUUCAUGUGAAGAAAAUCAAAGGGACAUAUAAAGUAUUCUCAUUCUCAUUUACAGUUUGUAAGGUGAACCAUUACCAAAUUAUAAUAAAACUUUAUUCUCUAUUAUAUGUA